AUAAUUUUCAUUUUUUGGUGAAUUAUCCCUUAAAAUGUUUAUUGUGAAUUUGUUGUUACUUUUGAAACUUGAAAGCUCUAUUCUCCAUUCUAUGUAAAUGCAUGGAAAAGAGCAACCAGCACAGUUUUCAAAAUAUAUUUUUUCAUGUUCCACAGAGGAGAGAAAGUCAUACAGGUUUGGAACAACAUAAAUGAUGACAGAGUAUUCAUUUCAGGCCAAACCAUUCUUAACUCUAUGCUAUUGGAAACCAGUUUGAUUACAUAAUUUUUCAAGUUUCCAAAUGCAAUUUCAUAAUAUAUCACAUCACUGAAACGUCACAUUGUGUCUGUGGAGAGGCUGGCUAACAGAGACCACUCCCUCCUACUUUGAGCGCUCAUGUUUUUGCCUUCCGUCUCUGCUUUUUCUUACGCAUGUCCUCGCCAAUGUCCGCUUUUCUUCCCCAGUCUUCUGUUGACCGUUUCCUCUUUUCAUGUGUAGCUCCCCUUCCUCCUCUCUCCUUCACAGUGUCAAAAGGGAAGUAGGAGAUUUUGGCCAUAGCAGACUCAGCAGUGCCUUUAGUUCCCUACGUAGUCACAAACCCCUCACCAGAAGAUCUAGUAGAGGUUAGUUGAGAGUCCAGAGAUAUUUAUCUACCCCACAAAACCUGCAGCCAUGAGAGGUCCGCAGCCUGCGGGGGGAUGACAUGCAUGUGUCCAGGCAUUUAACAUCACUGAGGAUUUUAAGACUAGUAGGCUGCCCUCCGCCAAGCCAUGAUGGACAUUCUGUACACAGGCCCUGUCCUGGCAGACCGCGAGUCUCCGAUGACGCGGAGCGAGACGUCCCCCAGCCGUGCCCAGCAUCCCUCCCCUACACAGAAACCCAACACCUGCUGCUUCUGCUGGUGCUGCUGCUGUAGCUGCUCAUGUCUCACUGUUAGGAGUGAAGAUGACAAGCGUGGGCGGAGGAAAGCCCAGGAGACAAAGCUGGAGCCCUUUCCAUGUGAACCUUGCCCCAAACCGACGAUAGAGGAGAUUAAACAGUGGGCGCAGUCUUUCGAUAAGCUGAUGAAGAACCCAGCGGGGCGAAACAAGUUCCGUGAGUUCCUGCGGACGGAGUACAGCGAGGAGAACAUGCUCUUCUGGCUGGCCUGCGAGGACCUGAAGAAGGAGAUCAACAAGAGUGCCAUCGAGGAGAAGACGCGUUUGAUCUACGAAGACUACAUCUCCAUCCUCUCGCCCAAAGAGGUGAGUCUGGACUCUCGGGUGAGGGAAGUGAUCAACAGGAGGUUGCAGGAUCCCACCCCUCACAUAUUUGAGGAUGCACAGCUGCAGAUCUACACCCUCAUGCACAGAGACUCCUACCCACGAUUCCUCAACUCCUCUGUCUACAGAUCACUGGUGCAAGGGGGCUCACGUUCCUCGUCUGAGUCAUAGAUCCUCCUCUUUCUUUCUCUCACUCUCGCCACCAAAUUUCUCCCCAUUUCCCUGCAUCUCUCUCCAUUGCACAACCACUCAAGGAGAAAGAACUCCUUUUUUGUGUUGUCACAGUUGGAUUACCUUUUUUUUUUUUUUUUGGCUUAAUCCAUUUUCCUCUGUCAUUUUUGAGGGAAUCUCCUGAACCUGCACAGACUGAAACUGGAAGACACAGGGUUGAAAAUGCAGUUUUCAUUUUUCGAAACCUCUUUUUUUCCCUCACCAUCAUUCCAAGCGUAUGUGGCAGCAGCAGUAUCAACUACUGAUUUUCACAGCCAUCUUUUACAUUUUUUUUUCACACAAACAUGCUUUGCUACUUUUAUCUCCCGAUGUCUCCAGCUGAAAAGAGCUGAGAGGGCCUCUGCAAUAACAUACACUGGAGUGGCCUGACCAAACUGCUCCUCUCUCCUGACCUUUAACCUGUCCACUGUCUCUGUUCUCUGAUUGGCUCUUCGAGGCGAGGGGUCGAGAGCUGAUUGGCUGCAUCAUAAAGAGAGGAAUGGCACUUCUUCAAGGUGCUAAAAAAAUAUUUACACACUAUUUCAAAUAUAAAUCAAUUUCCAGGCCCAGACAGAUUUUUCCAGAUUUUCUGCACUGAUUUUGAGGGAAAAUCUGCGGAAUGGAUUUAAAUAUGGUAACAUGAGAGUACUAAACUCAUACUGGUAGCUGAAAGCAUUAUCAACUUAGCCAAAAUAUUUACUAAACAUAAAGGCAGGGGACAUAGGAAAUUAUGUAAAGGAGGGCAUAACUGUUUUGUUUGAGAUUUCUGUGUGUACAGAUUUCGUGUGGCCCUGUUGAUUUCAAGCUACGGUUAUAAGUGAAAGAAGAAAAAAAAAAGAGGAGGACCGCCAAUUUUAGAGAUAUUAAACAAAACAGACAUACAUGAUAUGUGAGAAUGCUAUGGUCUUAAUUAGACUGGUCACUCAAAUUUUAAAAUGAGUAUUUUUAAUGUUAUUUCUUUUUUAUUUUUUUGUUAAACUGUGACUUGAUUUGUUUUUCUUGUACAAAUAUUAAAGAAAAUCUGGAACAUAUGAGACAUACCGAGCAAGCUGUUAGUCCUGAGUGCUUAAUUGCGCUGUAUCUCUCUCUGGCCUCACUGUGUGUGUGUGUGUGUGUGUGUGUGUGUGUGUGUGUGUGUGUGUGUGUGUGUGUGUGUGUGUGUGUGUGUUAAUGUGGUUGUAUGGUGUGAAAAUCACAAGUCUCUCUGGCGCCUCAGGUACUGCAGUUUUGCAAGCUAUAUCUCAGUGUUCCUGCCUUUUAUUUAGGCAAAAGCAGAUGAUUUUUAGUCAUCAUGAAAUCAAAAUUAACUUUAUCGGUCAGUGCACGUUAUUCCACAGAAAAUAUUUUGUCAUUGUAAAUGUAAAAACUUGCUCUGCCUCUAAAAAUAAUCAUGGCAAAAUUGCAGUAAUUUAAUCCCGUUUUAUGUUGUUGUAAUAAAUGUUACAGCAAUAAUAGCAGAAAACGAUACAUUUGAAUUUAAAUCUAACGGUGUUUUUUUUUUUUU